AGUUUAAAGAAUCGAUACCACUGUAUGCCAAAUAGAAAGAAAACCCAACUUCUGGAGUUCUGUUAUCCUGGAGAUCGGGUUAUAAUGAGUCCAGGAUUUUGUUUUGUUUUGGCUGCCAAUGGUUUCAUAACCAAUGAUGAUACAGAUUGUACAAAUUUCGUCAAUGAAAGCUGUAUAAUGUCAUAUGAUGUAGCUAAUGAAAUGUACAAGUACCCUGGCUGUUUGAAGAUCAAUCCAAUCAAAGGCUGCUAUACAAGUGACCCUGAAUGUCUUAGUGUUCCUGAUGUAGUUGACAGUACUAGUGCUUCAGAAACAACAACUAUAGAAGUACCAAGAAGUAGUCAGGUUACGAACUACAGUAUUCAGGAACUUCCAGCUGAAGAAGAGAAUGGAGAUACCACAACUAUAAUAGUCAUAGCAGUGAUCAUACCGCUUGUGGUUAUUAUUGGAAUCCUUGUUGUAGGGAUCAUUUACAAAAGAAAGAAGUGUUGCUUUAAAAAAGGCUACUCCUUUGAAGAGAUUCCACUCUUAGAAAGGAAUACAAUUGGAAAUGUAGAGAUCCUUGAUUCUGGACAUAGCAUAAAGUUUAGUGUUCAAAGUGCCAAAACUUCCUUGACCAAUGGACUUCAUUCCAUUGAAUGGAAGAAAGAUGGGACAUUCCUUCAAGUGGACAAUCUUAAGUAUUCUGGGGGAGAUCAGAGAGAGCCGAGCUUAAUUAUACAAAAUGUCUCUUUAGAAGAUGCUGGAAAUUAUCAAUGUGAAAUAACACUUGAUGAUGGAACAGUUUACAGUGAAGCAUUUUUAAUAAGCACUGGUGAGGUAGAGAUACUUAAUUCUGAAUCACUGAAGCUAUGCAUAACUGGAACUGUUUUGGCAAAUGGGCCUCACUCUGUUGAGUGGAAGAAAGAUGGUACUAGCCUUCAAAUGCACAAUUCGAAAUAUCUUGGAGGAGAUGAGAGCAAACCUAGUCUGGAUAUACAAACAGUCUACAAAGAAGAUGCUGGAAUUUACCAGUGCUUGAUAACAAGCCAUGAUAAGACAUGGAACAUACAUUUAUUUUUUAUUGAUCUUCCAGCAGUUGAAUUUAUUGGAACUGAAGUCAGAGAAAGCAGUUUGGUUCUAAAAUGUGAGGUAGCUUAUUCAAGUGUCAGGUCAUCUAUACUUUGGAAAAGAGAUAACCAAAUUAUUACUGAGGAUGAAAAAUUCUCUGGUGUGGACACUGCCUGUUUAAUCAUCAAAGAUUUCAACAUCACAGACUCAGGGUUGUACCAGUGUACCCUCUCAAAUGAUCUAGGCUGGUCUGCAGAUUGUCAGUAUCAAUUUGAAACAGCAAAGAUUUGCCUUACUGAAGCAUCACCAUUGUUACCAUUUAUAUGCAAAAAAUACAAAAAUAUAAAACUCAAAGCAAGAUUUGAAAGAAAAAAUGGAUAUAUCCCAUUGGAGCAUCUUACUGUUCAGUGGCAGAAAGUACAGAGGGAAGGUGAAAAUAAUUUAGUUUCUGCUAUACAUAUUGACAAUGCCAAGUAUACCCUUCAGUAUUCACAAGUAGAUGAAAAUGGAAAAAUGUGUGAGCUGGUCAUUCACCAAGCAACUAUGGCAGAUUCUGGAGUGUACUGCUGUGUAUUAUUGGAUGGUGCAAAUGGACAACUAGAGAGUGAAAAAUUGGAAGUGUUUGUAGUGGAAGAUUUUUACAACACAGAAGAGUGGAAAAAUGAUGACUGCAUUUAUGAGGAACCUGAAGAGGGAUUUUGUACAAGAAUAAUACAAUUGUUACACAAAACUAAUGCUGUUACCCUUGUUGGUCCACCAGGAGUUGGGAAAACAUUCACAGCGCGGCACAUUGCAUUAAAAAUGAAGGAAGUGGAAAAUGGAUGGAAUAUAUGCCAGAUUUCCAAUAUGGAGGAAUUGUUGAUUGAGGACAAGUUGCCAAACUCUGUGCAAAGAUUAAUUAUCUUUGAUCAUCCAUUUGGAAAAACUAGUGUAAAUAUUUUGAAUCUUGUGUACUUUCUUCUGCACAAAAACAAUUUUUGCCAAUUGGAAGGGAAAACAAAGGUGAUCAUGACUUGCAGAUCUAAUAUAUUUGAAGAAAUUAUCGCGUUUCCCAUUGAUGUUUUGAAGAAUGUAAUUUACAUGACCAAAACUUACCUUGGAAAAUCACCAGGAUUACUAAAAGAAAUUAAUGAGGCAGUAAACGUUCAGUCUGGUCUAACACAGAAUGAUGAUGACGGUGAGAAUGAAUACUUACCGAGACUUUGUAAUCAUAUUGGGGCCUACUUCAGUGAAAGUCAAAAUCAUGUGUAUGAUUUCUACACUUUGAUUUUGUUAGCACGGCAAGAAAAUUUAAUUUUGAAAAAGUCUUUACUAAAUGCACAAAAAAAUAUAUCUCAAGUCCUUGAAAUCAAUAUUCCAGAAAAAACUUUUAGUGAAGGAAUAAAAUCAGCAAUUAAAAAAUCUAAAUACUUGAGACGCAAAAGAAUUGGAGAUAAUACUGUGUGUUUUUGCGAACAAGAGUGCAUUUUAGAUGCAUUCAUUUGCCAUUUGUUGAAAAAGGAUCCACAAUUAUUUCUUAAAUGUGCUGGCAAUAAGGUAAUCUGUAGUCAUGUCUGUCCAUUUAGUGCCAGUGAUGGUGAAUGUUGGAGACUACCUGACACAGAACAAUUUCAAACGCUCAGCAAACGUUUGCAUGAAUAUUUAACAUCAGAUGACAUGUGUUCCAUGUCAAACGUUAUCAAGGUGCCUUAUUGGAAGAAUGAUGAGUUUAUCAAUGUUUUCAUAGAUGUACUUUCACAGGAUAGAAUGACAGACAUUUUGUAUUGCAGUAAAAGGUACCCAAUAUUUAAUGGCAGACGUAAUUCAGUUGUAAAUGACAAUUCCAACAAAACGAAUGAGCAGUGUGCUUAUAUUUGGAAUGAAACAGAAUUGCUACGUUUUUGAACUUCUGUUUACUGGACA